AUGGAAUAUAUAAGGGACGGAUGUCGGGAAAAUGGUGAGGUAUGCAAGAAAUGUAGUGAAAAGGACUGGGUUGGACCCAGGUUCUCCAGAGUCCCUGCCCUGUAUCCAGAUCCUGAUAAGCCAGGGCAUUAUAUGAGUGUUUUCAACACACUAACCACAGACAAUAACAGGCAGUUAAGGGAAGUGGAUGAUGUCGCUCCCAGGGCAGUGAUAAAGCGUCUAUAUAAAGCUGGCACGAUCUCAUCGGACAAUGUCGAACAACUUAAAGACGUAUCCAGUCGCUAUUGUGUUGAAGAGAAGGAUGUCGCAUCAUAUGUUAAACACCUUGAAGGGUUGAAAAUGAUGUCUGCUAUCAGGGAAAACGAAAGAAGAAAAAAACGAGAAAAAGAGUGCAGCAAAACUUAUGAGGACUACGAUUGGAAUACCCUCAUUGAUUCAGGAAAACUAAAUUCAUUAAAAGUGAUGGAACUUGACAA